AAUUUGAAUAAUUUUUUUAUUUAAAACUUACAAAAGUUAAUAAUUACGUCACUAGUUUCAUCAUUGCUAACGAAUUUGUCAAUUAAUUAUUAUUAAAGUAAAUUUUGUUUUUUGCUUUUAAAAUAGAUAAACUUUGUUGUGGUUGCAGUAGUUUGUUUAGCAAACCUACUGUCACAAAGAAAAUAGUAGUCUGACAACUGUUUGUCAUAAUUGUGGUAUUUAUGUCAACUUUAAAGAUGUCAAUAUCUCAUGAUCUUAGAGAUUCACCUAUUCCUUCGGACGAAAAUAGCUGCUCAAGUCAAUGUUCAAGUCAAUUCUCAGAAGAUCCAAGUCCAGGUCUACCAGAGGGAUCCGUGAAUGAACAAAAGAAACUAACACCGGAGGAAAAAAUGUUCAGAUUUUGUAAAAAAGGAACUCCUCAUCAUGUUAAGUUCAUGUUGGAUAAAUUCCCUCAUUUGAUCAGCGUUAAAGAUUCGGAUGGUUACAGUCCACUUCAUAAAGCCUCUUACAGUGACAACCAUGAAGUUGUUAAAACUUUGCUUGAAAAUGGUGCUGAUAUUGAUUCGCGAACCAUGGAUGAAUGGACGCCUUUACAUUGUGCAUGUAAAUGGGGAAACUUGCGAUCUGCAUCCAUUUUAAUUGCCGCUGGAGCCAAUAUUAAUGCUCGUUCGGCUGGUGGAGUCACUCCACUCCAUCUUGCCGCAGCAACUAAGAACAAAAAACUGAUUGAACUGCUUUUGUUCAAUCCCGACAUUGAUGUCAAGGCUGUCAAUAAUGCUGGUGAUACACCGUAUGAUAUCGCCAGACGAAGCUCACCAUAUUACGUUCUUUUCGAACAGGCCCAGUAUUAAACGAUGAUCCUCAAUUAUUUAUCACUUGACAGUUCUAUUUUUUCCAUUUUAUCUAAACCAAAUAAUUACUCAUGUUAUUUAAGCAUAUAUCAAGCAAGUAUCAAUUCUGAUGAUGAUUUUUCACAGAGCAUUUCAUUUACUUAAUUUUUUAUUGAAAACUUGUAGAUAAAUAAACUGAAAAAAACAAA